ACAUCCUGCUUUUUAUUCUCCUGCAGGCUACAGAAAUCGCCAAACCUCUGCCAGGACAUCGGACCGAGAAAGACUGUCAGACAGACGCUGUUAUCCUGCCAAAUAAACACCACGAUCUAUUAUGAAUUUCUUCUUGGAAACAAUCCAAGUCUUCUUCUUGUCCAUCUGGUACAAUGUGGAAUCUUUCAUCCACCUCUUUGUGCCCAUGAAGAAGAAGGAUAUAGCUGGUGAGGUGGUGCUGAUCACAGGGGCAGGAAGUGGGAUAGGUCGCCUCAUGGCUCAGGAGUUUGCGGCUCUUCGCACUGUGCUGGUGUUGUGGGAUAUUAACCAGGAGGGGAUGAAGGAAACAGCUAGACUGGCUAAACAGAGUGGAGCCAGCAGAGUCCACUACUAUCUGUGUGACUGCAGCGACAAGAACGAGGUUUACAGAGUGGCUGACCAGGUGAAGCGAGAGGUGGGUGAUGUCAGCAUUCUGGUGAACAACGCUGGUAUCGUGACAGGAAAAAAGUUCAUGGAUGCUCCUGAUUCCCUUAUUGAGAAGACAGUGGAGGUCAACACUAUGGCUCAUUUCUGGACCUACAAGGCCUUCCUCCCUGCUAUGAUUGCCAACAAUCAUGGCCAUCUUGUCAGCAUUGCCAGUUCUGCGGGACUCAUAGGAGUCAAUGGAUUGGCAGACUACUGUGCCAGUAAGUUUGCAGCAGUAGGUUUUGCAGAGUCAGUGGGUCUGGAGCUGCUGGCAACUGGGAAAGAUGGCGUCAAGACCACCAUUGUGUGCCCGUACUUCAUCAACACUGGAAUGUUUGAUGGAUGUCAAACUAAGUGGCCAAGACUGUUGCCAAUCCUCAAUCCAGACUAUGUAGCCAAGAAGAUCAUCCAUGCUGUGCUCACAGACCAGGUCUACCUACUGCUGCCCAAGAGCAUGUACUUCAUUGCUGCUUUCAAGAACAUCCUCCCAACGAAGCAGGGAACUCUGCUGGGCCAGUACCUGGGAGCCUUCAACCUUAUGGACAAGUUCAAGGGACGCUUCAGAAAACAGGAGUGAGAGAGGAGAAUAAGAAGUGAAGGAUGACUGAAAUGGGAGGAGACAGAAGUAUUAAGCCCAUCCAUAUCAACACCUCUUUUAAUCUUAAUCUUCCUAGUGUAUUGGUGUAAUGUAGUGGCAAAAAUUGGAUUGACUACAAAUUGAAUACAAAUAUUGAAUGCCUAGUAGUUUCUCUAUAUCUUACACUGUGUAAUCCGUCUUUUAAGCAUAAAUAUCCUUAAUAUGCUUGUUUUAAGAUUACAUUAUCAUGACAUGAUGGAAUCAAAAUGUGGUCUUAAUAAAUAACACAAAUGUAUUUUUUCAAAGAUUAAUAGGUGAUAGAAGGAUCCUUCCUGAUUUUAAUGUUUUAAUGUUGAAGUGUUCAUUAAUUCAGAUCGGACACUGUUCUUGAUCCUUACUACCAGUUGAGGAUCUGAUGAUGCAAAGAUGUAUCAUACAGGGAGGUCAGGGAUAUCUACAAACAGCCAAGUCAGAACUCAAGUGUAAUGUUUUCUGAAACUCCCAAAUUCAACGUAAAUGUCUUUUCUGUGCAUAUUAAUGAUGUGUCUGUGUUUUGUGGUGUGUUCGUCCAUAGCAAAUGCCACACCAAAGAAAAUCAUACUGUAGCCACAACUACCAUUGCUUCAAAACAGGGAAAGAGAUGGAAACAUUAAUUAGAAGGAGCUACAUUACAUUAGUGGGAAGUGGUUAUUCAAAGAAACUGAAUUAACACAUACUGUACUUCUUCUGCUUUAAAGAGGAUAAUUUUAUAAAUUCUGGGCAAACUUUUCUUUUCUUUGUGAAUAUGCUAACAUAACAGUGUAAUCACUGUAAAUUAUGCUAAUCAGUCUUCUAGCAGGAGAAUACACAUUUUUGACACAUAGCAACAUCAAAUGUAGGUGAAAAUCUAAUACUAUGUAUGUGUCUAUCAAUAUACACUUCAAAAGCUGAAUAUUUCUAUUAACAACAUUAUGUGUCCAUAAUUAUCAUUUAUAAGGGGUUUUAAGGUGCAUCUUUUCAGAGUUUUGUUGUUAAUCUGGCUAAGUGUCAUAUCACAUUAAAAACCAGGCGCCAGGACCAAGUGCUCAUACUCAGGUACAGUGAACCCUGCUAAAAGAGUUUCUAGAUAUGUGAUACCUCAGUUUGUGGAGUUUGGUAGCUGAUGGUCCAGACCACUGAAAGCUCUUAACAUGAGUUCAGACUACACAUGAUGUGAAUUUUCAUCUUGUGUUAUUUCCAUGAGUUUGAAAGCCUGAUUGUUUUUAAAAGUCUGCAAACAGCAAAUGGACUAACCCUUAGGAUGUUAGCUGUGAUUAGCUAGCACUGUACCAGCUAGCAGUACACUAGCAUGUUACAGCUAGCUAGUGUGUAAGUGGAGAUCCCUCUACUUUUCUUGUUGUUUUCAUAUAUUCAUGAAUUUUUGUAAAAAAAAAUCCUGGAGAUGAUGACAAAUAUUUCACUCAAGUUGCAACAUUUUCAACUCAUGUGGAUUAGCAUUCAUGUAAGUUUGCUCCAGCUAGGUUGCAUUUGUAUAAACCUUAGUUUUGCUCUGACGUUAUAUGAAAUCAUACCAAAAUUCACUUUGCAUACAGUCUGAACACACCUUUAUUUUUGUUCUGUGAUCUUAGGCACACAUUAUUAAACAGGCUUGUGUCAUCUUCAGACUCUGUACUUACAGUACACUUUGGGACACCAAGACAAACUGAGGUAUCUGGCAAAUGUCAAAAAAAAAUACCACUGAAUUAGCAGUGGCUAGAUGGAAUUAAGAAGCAUCCUUAAUUUCCUAGUGCGUAAGGUAAACUUCAACAUCCAUUAACUUUUCAUUUCCUACAGUGGUAUUCCUCUUGUUGAUUCAGGUCAUCAAGCUAAAUUAAUUUCAAAAGCCACAAAACUGUUUACUUUAUGGUUUACUAGCAACACUCACAGCUCUGCUUCAUCAUUACAAUGGUGCCUGCUAUUUGACCAUGGUCUUCAUCUAUUUAUCGUUGUGUUAGAAAAUUCAUAGGGAGCCUGAAUAUUACAGUAUACUUUCACUAAUAUGUCCAGCAGGCAGAUGGAAAGGUGGUUGUUUCAUGUGGAUGAAAACAUGUUCAAAAUUCAGGAAUAAGUUUUUCUUGUUUUGUUUUUUUUUUAAGUAAUGGCCAUAUAUUUUGCUCUCAAAACAUAUUCAUUUCCACAUAGAUGUUAAUGUUCUUAGCUUGAGACUUAUUAAGCACAUUCACUACCAUGUAGCACUGUCUGUAAAGGCAAUAUUAUAAAGGUUAUAAUGUAUCUGGAGUACAUAUCUAUCGUGGAUUCUUUUAACUUAAUGUGUCAUUGUUAAUGUGUCAUAUGUGAUUGCCAUCAUAUGAGUGUAUGUAAUUUGUUGAUAUUGACAUUCUUAUGUGGAACACAAAUUCUGUAAAAGACAGCUUAAUUACUAAUAUAUCUAUAUCGAAUGGCCUGCAAUUAAGAGUAUACCCCUGUUGCCUUAAUCAUGUUCAAAUCAUGUUAUGUUAAAGAACUCAAAAAGAAAAUACUGGAAAUAAGUAAAAAGAGAGAUUUUUUUGUCUUUGUAUCUAACGGAACAUUUUAGUGCAUAUUCUGUGUUUCCGGAGCAACUGUAUCUCACAGUGUUUGAAAGUGAACUAGCUGGAACUUUUAUUUUGAAAAUUCUGAUCAUUACAUUUUUCCAUUUCAAAUGUUUGUUUCUGUGUUUUGAAUCUUUUGAUAAGCAUUAUGACUGAAGUAAGUUACCUUAUAUUUCCCACAAGAAAACUUUAUCCUUUUCAGAGUACAUUAAAAAAAUCACAAUCCCAUCACAUUAUCAAAGUGUAAAGUGUUGUUUGGUCAUAAUUAAUUACAUUACACCCUGAUAAUCCCUUUCACUCAACUGCACCAAUAUAGGAAUUAAAGUCUAUUAUGUUUUUCCUAAGAAGAAUAUCUGUUUUAAAUCUGCUAUCUUAAAAUUUGAGAUCCAAGUUAUUCAAUCCUUUUUUUAAAAUAAAAAUCUAAAAGAAGAAAGUAAAGAAAGUUCAUGAGCAAAUCAGACACUCUAUGGUCUCUUAAUUCAGUAUUUUGCUGUUGAUCUUUACAUUUUAGCAAAAUUUGGAGUUGAAUCUGUACCAGACAUCUUAAUGCUGUGAGUUUCUGCUGACACUCCCGCUGCCUCAACGUGACGUAGCUUCAGUAUCACCUCCUUAGAAUGACAUUAAGCCUAUUAAGCUCCAGCAGAGGUAUGAUUUGAUACAUUUUGAUUGCAGGUUCCUGCCCUUUUUCUCACAAAAGAUGAGAAUAAACAGCCAACAAAAUGGUCAGUACCAGUGAUAUGCUCUAGUAGGUUUCAUGAUACAUGAGAGACCUACAACUUGUAAGCACUUCAACUGGGAAACGAUGAACUGCUAUAGACUGUUGUAACAGCCUGUGGUGAUUAACAUGUGCUGGCCCCCGUUUAUUUAACUGUACAUGGAUAACUAAGAAAGCUUUAUUUGACACAAACCUGGAUCGUUCAGAUCUCUGAAACAGGCCUAAAAUUUAACUGUAGCUGUUGUCAGAGCAGCAAGCCAUUAACUUCAAGAGGCAGUGCAAAAGGUCAGUUUAUUUAGAGUUAGCUGGAUUAUAAUCAAGUCUGUUUUGUGUGGACCAUACAUGAACUCAUUUUCUCCUUUUAUCAAUAUGAUCUACAAAAUAUCAUUAUAUACUGCUAAUUUAAUAGAGAUUCUAGAUCAGAAUCUGAAUCCACAGAUUCUGAUAAUUAUAUAAGAAUGCAUAGAUAUUGGAUUGAUGAAUAAACAUGUACAUUAAUAAGAAAUAAUCAAGAUCUCUUAAUAGCCCUUGUAUUUAUAAUAAAAUAACAAUUUUAUUUUUACAAUAAAGACCUGAAAAGAAAGUUUGGGAUAAUAUGAGCAAGAAAAAA